AUGGUUUCGUUUAGGAGAUAUAUGAGAAUUCCCAAUGAAUUGAAACCUUCUGUGAUCUUCAAGCAGGAUUCAUUUUCCCCUAGUAAGAUUACUUUACAAAUUGUAUUAUUACAACUAUUUUAUUAUACAACUGCAUCAGUAUUGUUCUUUUGUUGGGCAAAAUUAUCAGGUCAACAUAUAGAGAUGAAGAAUUGGUUAUUUACUUCAAAAUAUAUCGAAUUCACAAAUGGAUACGGUUUAACGCUUUGUUUAUUAUGGUUAUUAGAUUCUCUGAUAUGUGUUAUAUUCUUAACAGUAAUUGUGGGGAGAAGUAAAUUAGCAUGGGAUUUCGCAAUUACUAUACAUGCUAUAAAUUUAAUAGUAGUUUGGAUAUAUUCUGGUCAUUUUCCUUCUUUACCAUGGUUUAUAUUACAAAUUUUUUCAUCCUUAAUAUUAAUAUUCUUAGGUACAUAUACCACUAGAUGGAGAGAAUUAAGAGAUACAUUUUUUGAAGGUAUGGUUGAUACUUUAACAACUGACGACAUCGAUAGAGCACACACCAAUAAUAACAACCACAGUAAUAGUUCUGAAAAUGUGAAUAAUAAUAAACCAAUAGAGAUGAGAGAUAUAGAGGCGCAACAAUAG